ACUACCAUGGAGAAUUCAACUAAAAUAGUGUUUGUUCUACAAGGAAUUAAUGAGACGACGUCAAACAAACGCACAUACUUUGUCGUCACUCUGCUCGUUUACUUUUUUACUAUUAUAGUGAACCUGACCGUGAUUUUUACAAUUAUUUUGGAGAAAACGCUCCAUGAGCCCAUGCUCAUGUUUCUGUGUAACUUGUGUGUAAAUGGGUUAUUUGGUGCCUCUACGUUUUAUCCGAAAAUAUUGAUGGACCUUUUAUCUGAAUUGAGUGUUAUUUCUUAUACAGCGUGUCUGGGUCAAAUGUUUGUAAUUUACAGUUAUGUCUUCUGCGAAUACACAACGUUAUCAAUGAUGGCUUAUGACAGGUAUGUAGCGAUAUGCAAGCCGCUCAAUUACCACUCCAUCAUCACGCCUCGGAAGGUGAUGAAAUUGCUGCUUUUUUCCUGGUUAUUUUCCAUUUCUGAAACAGUUGUUGUGGUGUUAAUGACAGCCAGACUACCCCUCUGUGGAUUCAAGAUGGAAAAGCUUUACUGCACAAACUGGGCGAUAGUAAGGCUGUCGUGUGUGGAUACCACUAUCAACAACAUAUACGGUUACAUUCUCAUGUUAUUUCACCUUUCAGAAUCAAUGCUGAUCUUGGUUUCUUAUGUUAACAUCGUCAGAGCUUCUGUGCGAUCGCAGGAAGAUCGGAGUAAGUUCAUGCAGACAUGUUUGCCCCAUUUAAUCGCACUGACCAACUUCACAAUCGCACUCGUUUUUGACAUAAUGUACGCUCGCUAUGGUUCCACCAACAGUCUGAAGGCUCUCCGCAAUUUCAUGUCCCUGGAGUACCUCGUUGUUCCACCGCUUCUGAAUCCUCUAAUAUAUGGCCUUAGACUGAACCAGAUUCGCCGGAGAAUCUUUAGAAUUUGCAGCCAGAAAAUACAUGCUCAAAAGUAA